AUGGACGUCGUCGAUGGAGUCCCGCCCAUCGUGCGGGGACGCUUCGGCUUGGAACAGCGGUGUGCAUACAAGCACCCCGACUUGUAUGACGAGGAGGUCCCAGAGAUCGACUUGGAGACGGCAGUUGCGCAGCCCGAGCUUGGCGCCGGCUGUGCCGUCCGGAGCUUUGUUCUCUUGGGGGACCAGAAUGCCGGCAAAUCCACGAUGUUGCACAGCUUCUGCCGCAACGGCGAUGCUGGCUUCAUGCAGCUGUCUUCACUGCUUCCAAUCCUCUCCAGCUCCUUCCUGAACACUCGCAUGGUGCCCGAAAGCUGGUUACGGGGGCAGGACGACAUCAACCAGCUGAGCCUCGUGAGGGACGAGCUACCUUUCAUGGACACCGACAUCGCGCGAGGUCUCGUAAUGCUGAGCGUGGAGAACUUCGCUUUCUUCGCCCAAGAGUUUGGCUUGUGGGACCCCAACCGCAUGGAAGAGGCCCCCGAGUUCAUGAACUUCGACCCGCAGGUGCGCUUCGUGACUUUGCAGUUUACAGAGCUGGGCGGAGACCACCUGGACCGGCUCCUUCUCUUCUUGCGCGGCGACUUGGACACGGUCCGGGCCGCCGAGCCCAGAGCCGAGCCCGAGGCCGAGGAGGGCUUCUGGGCCGACAUGCACGAGGUGCUCUCCGCUUCCUUGAAGCUCCUCCAGGAGACGACCCGCACAGCUUAUUUCAUCAACUGCCGGCGCCGUGCUCUUCCCCGGAGGACUGCUCUCCCCCACAGCUCUGAAGCAAACGCUGCGCAAGCUCCACUUCCUGGACGAUGCACUGGGCGGUUCACGCAACGGAGAGAUCCUCUUUUAUUGCUCACGGGUUGCCUCUGUGGACCUUUCGGCCUUCGACGCGUCCAGGUGCUGGGCCGAUGCCCGGGGAACAGCCGCCGCCUUUGCAGAGGAGAUUGGAAAAGGCCUGACCUGCUCGGAGCUCUUGGAGGGUCGUGCCGAGGCCCCCAGCCAGGACACGGGCUUGGACCUCAGCGUCUUAGCGGAGGUCGCAGGCACCGCCGCUGCGGAGGAGUGGCAGCAGCAGGAGGAGCGCGCGGCGCCCCUGCUGCAGUUCCUUCGGCAAAUGCUCCUCCAGCUGAUGAAGGGGCUCGGCUUUCGACUGCGCAUCGUGGCCGUCACUUGGGUGCGGAACUAUGCAGACCACCCUGGCGACAGCCAUGGCGACGGCAGUAG